GCCGCCUCCCCUGGUUGCUGGCACCUCAAGCUUCCUCCCUCGCUAACCAGGACGCUGUCGUUUCGACUUUGCCCGCUGCUCAGCUGACGAGGCUGCAAAGCUGCAACUAACUGAAGUUGGCCUCCCUACCCACCUGUGGAAGAAGCUCGAGCUGAUUGAUGCGCCAUCGACUUUUUUCCCCUUCGGCCUCGCCAACGUCCCCUCCCACAGAUGCAGCAUCACCCACUGAAUGUACAUUAGGCUGGUUUUUCCCCCAGCUUCGGGCUUUGUUUGGGUUUGAUUGUGUUUGGCUCUUCGCUAAGCUGAUUUAUGCAGCAGAAGCCCCAUCGGCUGGGGAGAGACAAAAGCUCUUUUCUUUGUCCCAGAGCGGGCUGUGGAGCCUUUGCUCGCGUCGCCGCCUCGGGCCACUGGCCGUCAGAGGAGCUGCUUCUCGCGGAGCUCUUGGGACCCGCAAGAUUGCCGAGCUGGGAGGGCCGCCGGGGCCCUGAGAUGCCGAGCUGUGACCAGGCCGGCGUACCUGCAACGUUUGCUCCAAGCCGCGGGGUCCGCCUGCUGGGCCUGCUGGAAACGUCCUAGCAACACUUGGCACUUCGCGCCGCGGAGCGCGAGCGCGCAUCCGGUUAGCAGCCAGGCGGCGGGCGCGGUGUGGUGCGGGCUGCUUUGCAUUAUGUGCCGCUCGGCCCUAGUUUUUUUUACUGCCACAUUUGUCUGCCUGCAAAAGUGCAGGCCAGGUCCUGCCCCAUUCCUUCGGGCGGCCUGGAUGUUUUCCGUUGUUCUUGGACUGGGCCAAAGUGAAGACAACAGAUGUGCAUCUUCGAAUGCAGUGUCCUGCACCAAGUGCCUUGCGCUGGGUCCGGAUUGUGGAUGGUGUGCUCAAGAGGAUUUCAUUUCAGGUGAAUCAAAGAAUGAACGCUGUGACACUGUUUCCAAUUUAAUACACAAAGGCUGCUCUAUUGAUUUAAUAGAAUACCCUUCUGUGCGUGUAAUACCAAGUGAAAAUGAAAUUAAUACCCAGGUGACACCAGGAGAAGUGCUGAUCCAGCUGCAUCAAGGAGCUGAAGCUAAUUUUAUGCUGAAAAUUCAUCCUCUGAAGAAAUAUCCUGUGGAUCUUUAUUAUCUGGUUGAUGUCUCAGCAUCAAUGCACAAUAAUAUUGAAAAAUUAAAUUCAGUUGGAAAUGAUUUAUCUAGAAAAAUGGCAUUUUUCUCCCGUGACUUUCGCCUUGGAUUUGGCUCAUACGUUGAUAAAACAGUUUCACCAUACAUUAGUAUCCAUCCAGAAAGAAUUCAUAAUCAAUGCAGUGACUACAACUUAGACUGUAUGCCUCCCCAUGGGUAUAUCCAUGUGCUGUCUUUGACAGAGAACAUCACUGAGUUUGAAAAAGCAGUUCACAGACAGAAGAUCUCUGGAAAUAUAGACACACCUGAAGGAGGUUUUGAUGCUAUGCUUCAGGCAGCUGUCUGUGAGAGUCAUAUUGGAUGGCGAAAAGAAGCUAAAAGAUUGCUGCUGGUGAUGACAGAUCAGACAUCUCAUCUUGCUCUCGAUAGCAAAUUGGCAGGCAUAGUGGUGCCAAAUGACGGAAACUGCCAUCUGAAAAACAAUGUCUACGUCAGAUCAACGAGCAUGGAACAUCCCUCACUAGGCCAACUUUCAGAAAAGUUAAUAGACAAUAAUAUUAAUGUCAUCUUUGCAGUUCAAGGAAAACAGUUUCAUUGGUAUAAGGACCUUCUACCCCUCUUGCCUGGCACUAUUGCUGGUGAAAUAGAAUCAAAGGCUGCAAACCUCAAUAAUCUGGUUGUAGAAGCCUAUCAGAAACUCAUUUCAGAAGUGAAAGUUCAGGUGGAAAACCAGGUAAAAGGCAUCUACUUUAACAUUACUGCCAUUUGUCCAGAUGGGACCAGAAAGCCAGGCACAGACGGAUGCGGAAAUGUGACAAGCAAUGAUGAAGUUCUUUUCAAUGUAACAGUUACAAUGGAAAAAUGUGAUGUCACAGGAGGAAAGAGCUAUGCAAUCAUCAAACCUAUUGGUUUCAAUGAAACCACUAAAAUUCAUAUACACAGAAACUGCAGCUGUCAGUGUGAUGACAGCAGAGGACCUAAAAGAAAGUGUGUAGAAGAAACUUUUCUAGAUGCCAAGUGCUUCCAGUGUGAUGAGAAUAAAUGUCAUAUUGAUGAGGAUACAUUUUCUUCUGAAAGUUGCAAGUCACACAAGGAUCAACCUGUUUGCAGUGGGAGAGGAGUUUGCAUUUGUGGGAAAUGUUUAUGUCACAAAAUUAAGUUUGGAAAAGUGUAUGGAAAAUACUGUGAAAAGGAUGACUUCUCUUGUCCAUAUCAUCAUGGAAAUCUGUGUGCUGGGCAUGGAGAGUGUGAGGCGGGCAGAUGCCAGUGCUUCAGGGGCUGGGAAGGGGAUCGCUGCCAGUGCCCAUCUGCAUCUGCCCAGCUCUGUGUCAGUCCAAAGGGCCAAGUGUGUAGUGGGAGAGGCACAUGUGUAUGUGGCAGGUGCGAGUGCACUGAUCCCAGGAGCAUCGGCCGUUUCUGUGAACACUGUCCCACAUGUCACACAGGCUGCAGUGAAAACUGGAAUUGUGUGCAAUGCCUUCACCCUCACAAUCUGUCUCAAGCUAUACUUGAUCAGUGUAAAACUUCAUGUGCUCUCAAGGAACAGCAUUAUGCGGACCAAACAUCAGAAUGCUUCUCUAGUCCAAGCUACUUGAGAAUAUUUUUCAUCAUUUUCAUAGUCACAUUCUUGAUUGGGUUGCUUAAAGUCCUGAUCAUAAGACAAGUGAUACUACAAUGGAAUAAUAAUAAAAUUAAGUCCUCGGCAGAUUACAGGGUGUCAGCCUCAAAAAAGGACAAGUUGAUUCUGCAAAGCGUUUGCACGAGAGCAGUAACCUACCGCCGUGAAAAGCCUGAAGAGAUAAAAAUGGACAUUAGCAAAUUAAAUGCUCAUGAGACUUUCAGGUGCAACUUCUAAAAUGAUUUUUUAAAAAGUACCUUAUGGGAAACUGGAUUUUAAAUAAUUGCUCCUAAAAUUUACUAUUUUAGAAGUCACAGGAGGAGACAGAUGUGCUAGAUCAUGCCAGUUGCUGGUUGUCUACUCAGAUGAAGACUGACAAGCAUCCUCAUCAUCAUGUGACUCACACUGCUGCUGAAUUUUUCAGAGAAAAAUGUGUCUUACUACUGUUUGAUACUAGUGUCAUUGUAGCACUUUACUGUAAUAUAUAACUUAUUUAGAUCAGCAUAGAAUGUAGAUUAUCUGAAGAGCACUGACUACACUUUACAGGUACCCACCAUUUGUACACUUCCCAGAGAGACAAUGCUGUGAGAUAGUUUUGGCAUUGUGUCACUACAAGGAUACAGUAAUCCCUGCACCAAACAUGCAGACAAACAAAUAAUGUAGUUAUACUAAUGUUGCCAAACACUUCAACAACUGGCAGCAGUGAACAGACAAGACCAGAUAGAUGAAUAAAUGAUGAGUGUUUCAUUCGUUCAAGAGACAAACAGAUAAAACCUUAAUCUUGAGGGAUAUUGCUUUUGAAAUAGUAGUUUUAUGCAUGUGUGUUUGUUUUCUUUGACAAGAUGGAUACUAAUUCUAACAUUCUUUCCUCUUUGCCUUUAUAUUUUGGUUUUCUUUCUUACAGGAUAAGUUUAUAUAUGUCACAGAUGACUGGAUUAAUAAGUGCUAAGUUACUACUGCCAUAAAAAAUAAUAAUAAUACAAUGUCACUUUAUUAGAAUAUUUUUCAAAGUUCAGUGUUUAAUAAGGGACACUUCAAGUAACAUCAAAAUCUGAACAGCUUCAUUGUUUGCUGAUGUAGAGUUUUAGAUCUUCUUACCUGGUAAACUGGAUGGAUUAUUUCACCACUUCAUUUGUCUAAUCAUCAGGUUGAAAUUCACAAAAUAUUUAGAAACUCUGCCUCAAGCAAAGUGCCACACUUUUGAAUGUGUUUUCUCUAAUAUUUAUUCAAAGCAGAUAGUAAUAUUUUUCAAAUUAAAACUAAAUUAAGCUAUAUUACCUUUUCCCUUUGAAGCAGUCUAAGGACAUUCUUUCCCUGAUCACCUCAAUCCAACUCACCAGAAUUCUAAAAUACACAAUUAGAGAAGAAUAGACAAUAUCUUUAGAAAUAAGCUAAUUCAUCCUUGUGGUUAUAAAGGGGAACUGAGGCUCAGAAAGUUCAAAUGAUUUUUCAAAAACCCCUCAGUGACCAAGUGGCAGCACUUAAAGAGAACUAUUUUAUUGCCAGGCCAGUGCUCACUGAACAAUGUCAUACUACCUCUUGAAUCUUUAAAAUAGUCAAUUGGUAAGUAUUUUUAAAUGUGAUUUACUGAAGUCUUAAGUGAAUGAGCAUGAGACAAUUCUAAAACAAAGCAGAAAAAAGUAAUUCAAACCGAAUUGUCCAUGGUUGGAGUACAGUCUUUCUGCUAAUCAGCUUCUAAGAGACUGCAAAAUGUCCUAACUAGUGGAGAAGGCAAUGGCACCCCACUCCAUUACUCUUGCCUAGAAAAUCCCAUGGACGGAAGAGCCUGGUGGGCUGCAGUCCAUGGGGUCGCUAAGUGUCAGACACGACUGAGCGACUUCACUUUCAUUUUUCACUUUCAUGCAUUGGAGAAGGAAAUGGCAACCCACUCCAGUGUUCUUGCCUGGAGAAUCCCAGGGACGGGGGAGCCUGGUGGGCUGCCGUCUCUGGGGUCACACAGUCAGACACGACUGAAGUGACUUAGCAGCAGCAGCAGCAGCAGAGGGAAGUCCAUUCACACAGGCUAUGUGAACAGCAUUUCCCCUGGGGUCGUGCAGUGCUCAGUCCAAGAGCUUGAUACAGAGGUGAACUUUUAUCUUUCAUAACAGGAACUUCAUCACAACUACCAUAUCCUUACAGAUUUAUUCACUCUGAUUUUAUUGGCUAGAAGUCAAAUAGUCCUGUGUACAGCACAGAGCUUUGCCUAUGACAACAAAGGAAGUUAUUUUAAAUUCCUUUUAAAUGUCCUUUUACAAUCAGCUUCACCAAUUUUCUGUCUUCCAGCACUUGAGUUAAUCAAAGUGCCAGAUAUCUACAUUUCGAUGAAGACUAUAUCCCAUACACCCUAAAGAAGAUUCAAAAAUGUUUAAUAAGUUGUUCUAGAGCCAAAAAACACAGUAGUUCCAUCAGCUGUCCCCUGAAGCCAGGCAAUUACAAUGCUAAGUUGAGCAGUAUUUCCUUCCCCAAAUGAGUGAUCAGCGGCAUUGACAUAAUUCAGUAUUUUGACUCACUUAUGCAAAAUACCUUUGAUCACCAAGGAUAACAUAAAAAUUGUUUUAGCAGCUUGCCUGUCACACAUUGCAUCCUUUUAAAAAAGGAAAUAAAUGAAUACCUGUCAGCCUCCAAAGGAAAAAGUGGAAAAUAUCCAUUCAUUGAAAUACUGAAAACUUUGACACAUUUAAAAUUUUUUAAACAUUACAAGGUUCAUUAACUAAUGUCUAUGUGGGCGGAAUUAUCCAAAAGAGGAUAAUACAAUGAAAUCCUUAAAAUAAAGGGAUGAAUAUUUGGACACUCUCAUUAGUUUGCACUGAUUUAUAAUGAAACAAGGCUCUUCUACUAGGAAGGGACAAGCUUCCUGAUAGGCAGUUGGUGAUUGCAGUUAUGUUUGUGAUGUCUUGUCCUUUCCUUUUUUAUUUAAAGAUCUAAUUCUUAAAGAUUUUAAGCUUAUAUUUACUUGAAUAAUUGAUAUUUUCCUUGUGAGAAGAUAAUUAAUAUUUGAUUAGUUAGAAUUAAUGAAAAGUUAAGGGAAAACAGGGUAUUCUUAGAUUAAAUAAUUUAUGUAAACAAAGCCUAUUUCAACUAAUAUGAUCACAGGAGCCUUUUGAGAUUCACUGAUAUUAAACACAAGUAAUGAAACUUUAAAUGGUUAAUGAAGUUAAGAACUUGAACAAUUCUUUUGGUACGACAGCAUUUCUGUGCCCUAAAGUAUGUCAUGAUUUAGAAAUAGGCCAUAUAUACACUACAAUAUAACUGUAUGAAUUUUACUUCUCUGAGGAUAUCUUUAUACUGCAAUAUGUGUGGAUUUAUAAGCAUCUUUUUUUAAUUUAUUAAUAUUUAUGUACAGACAUUCUCUGAAAGACUCAAAAAUUCACUAAAAAUCUGAUUAUGCCCUAAACGUUCAAUUUAGUUUGGUUUAAACAAAUACAAAAAUCUAAGAUUACGUAGAACAGAUUUCUCUAGAGGAAAAUUUGUGAAAACUCAAAAUUAAAAUUAGUGGAUGCAUCAGAUGCACUACUCUACUAAAGAAUAAAUUUCAAACAUUUUGAAUAUAGACUUAAUCGCUAUUAAAAGAUAUUCUUAUGCAUGACAAUGGACAUCCAUACAAUGUUGAAAAUUAUGAUGGAUUAUGAAGUUUUUUCUCCAUAGAACUAUAUUCCUAUGAUACCCUUAUAGUAAGUUAAACUCAAUGGCUUUUUCUUCCUUUUCUUACUCCUAUUUUUUUUCUACUCACUUUUCCUAAGAGAUUACCCCAAAACUUCAAGUUUUAUUAACCUAAUUGUGAAAAAUAACUGCCUAUAAUAAUAUAAUGAAGUUCUUCAUUUCCAAACAUCUCUUAAUGAUUUUAAAAGUCAUUUGAAUCUAUGUACCUAAACAAAGACCCAUUAAAACUGAGAAUUUUAAAUGUUUACAACUGUUCAUGCUUAUUUCAAUUUUAAGGGAUUUGAGAUCCAUAUAUUUUAAUAAAAGUAUCUAAUGAAAUACAGGUACUUGGGAGUUCAAUCUUGUGCAUAUUAUAUUGUUUUAUUUACUCUUAACAUUUAAUUUACAACUAUCCUUAUUUAUACUGACCUUAAGAACUCCACUUAAUGCAACGCAAGCUGAGACAUAUUUUCAAAUAAAUAUGAAACUAGCAUUCUUUCAGAUCAUUCCCUUUUUUUCUUAUAAUUCUUCAAUGGCCAAUUUAUUAUGGGUUAUACAUGUUCAUAUUUCAUUAGGUCUAAGACAUCUACUUUUCAAUUUAACAUCUCUGAAAUAUAUCUUGCAAUGAUUAUUGGCCUGUAAGAUGCAGUUUUAUAAUUUUACUUAAAUAAAUAGUACACGAAUUCAUCUUUAACUAAAUGUUCACGGGUAUAGAGACAUUCAUUUCUAUAUAAAUAUUUAAGAACACACGUAUGAUACACGUGAAGUCAGUUUUCAGUACAUCUGAAUCACAUUACCACUUAACAUGGAGCCUAACCAUCUGAUUAUGAGUUUAGAUCCUGCAGACCUUUAAGUUAUAAAAGCUCUUUCAACCUUCUAUUUAUACUUUAUGCUUCAACAAACCCUAACCUAACUGACAAGAAUGAGUGAGUUUCUCCCAGGUUUGUUAACAAAUGUUUAUUCUUUCUAUUACUCUAAAGAAUACUUUCAUGUGAUCAUCUCACUCUUAAACAGAAUUAACUGGAAAAAUAUUACAUAAAAUCAUCACAUUUACAUUUAGAUUUUUGCAAUUUUAAGAUUUUGAAGCAUUUUAUGUGUCUUAUGUCAAUGACAGGAGAAAAGUAUCAUACAACCAAGCAGUGUUGUAAGGGAAUUUUCCCUUAAAGUCCUCCUCCAUUUGUAUUUUUCUAUAUCCUUUCUGUUCUUUUGUUUGAUUUUUCCCUUUGGCUUUCAUAAAUUCACCUUAAGCCCAUGUAAUGACUCAUAAAACUGCAUAUUUAAAUCAUUUGACUUACAUGAAACAACUGUUCAGCUAUCUGGGCAGCUGUCAAUGAAAUACCUGAGAGCACCAACACUACUCCUUUAUCUGCCUGGAUUUCUUUCCACAGAAACUUACCUUCAUAAACUAACUCUACAAAUCAGGCUUCUAAGCUCCACAACCUAUUUCAGUUAAAAUCAUCUAUCCAACACUUAAAAAAAAAAUGCCGUCAUCAAGGAUGGAAAUGUAUGAUUUGUGUAAAAAAUCUUUACUAACUUUACACUGUACCACAGAUAAAUGUGAUUUUUAUAACAAUUCCAUACAAUGACAAAUAUGGCACAUAGAUUUUCUUUAAAAUACUGAAUAUAAAAUAAUUUUAAUUCUAAAUUAUAAUAAAAUAUAAAUUUGCACAUAUUAAUAUAGAAAUUCUUUUUGUAUAUAUUUAACAUAAGUUUAAAACUAUUUUACAUUUACCAGUUACUUCAUUAAAGUUUUUUAAAUCUGUAAAAAAUUAGUAAUGUUUUUAAAUUAUCAGUAAUAUAACCUAUGUGUUUCAUUUAACAACUCCUGCCUCUGUAGAAAACAUUUUAAUAUAGAGUGUAUUUUUAAAGUAUUUGAAAACAAAAUAGUUCUAAGAAAGAAACAAAUUCUCAUUAAACAAAUUUCUUACUAUUUCUGACUUUGAAUUAUACAGAAAUCUAAAUUGCCUUAAAUGACAUAGAAAAUUGGGAAUACAAUAAUUUCACUUAGAUACUAUGAGCCUGUUCAUAUAAUUCUGAUUGACUACUAACUUUGGUUUAUAUAUUUAUUAAAAAGCUGAUACUGUAGUUUGUUGUGAGAUGUUUAUUUUUCUAACAGAGCUUAUAAUAGUUAUGACAAGGCAUUUAAUUAAUGCAUCAUUUUGUUUAAAAGUAGGUGUUAACCAAUAUGAAAUUCUAUGUUUCAAAAUAAAAAUGUGAAGAUCUAAGAAUGCA